AUGAACUACACAGUCAUGCUGAAGAUUAUCGUAGUGUUAUUUUUUUGCUAUUCAACAUGUGCCCUGGAUGCGGGGAUUGAUGUGGAUGCGGCGCCGAAGGUGGAUGUGAGGCUGUCGUUGGGCUGGAUCCGAGGCUACGAAUUCAAGGCCAAAGAGGGAACCGCCAAUGUGUUCAAGGUAGGCGAGGCGCAGAGUCGACAGUCCUUCAGGAAAGUCGCUGAAGUGAAUUCGGCUACAUGCACUGUUCGAAAACAAAAGUUCACUAGAUUGCACCGUGCAAUAGGCUUUUUUCGGCGGGCGCACACGUGCGGGCAACCACUUUGCGGGCAACCAGUUUGCGGGCAAAUCUUUUGCGGGCAGCCACUUUGCGGGCAGCUGACAUUUGCGGCCAGCACCGGCAUUUGCGGGCAGCCUGGGACAUUUGCGGGCAAGGUCGACAGUUGCGGGCAGCCUGGAAGAUUUGCGGGCAGCCGACAUUUGCGGGCAACCGGCACUUGAGGAUAACAAGGUGGAGGUGGAAAAAUUACUUCGAUAUUUUGGAAAUUUUCCGACAUUUGCGGGCAGCCGACAUUUGCGGGCAACCGGCACUUGAGGAUAACAAGGUGGAGGUGGAAAAAUGACUUCGAUAUUUUGGAAAUUUUCCGACAUUUGCGGGCAGGCUAUACUUACGGGAAACCGACAUUUGCGGGCAACAGUUCCAAAAGUUCCUAUACAGUCUGUGUGAUUGUUUUUUCCUGUUGCCCGCAAAUGUCGGUUGCCCGCAAGUGUCGGCUGCCCGCAAAUGUCGGCAAAUUUCCAAAAUAUCGAAGUAAUAUUUCCACCUCCACCCUGUAACCCUCAGGUGCCGGUUGCCCGCAAAUGUCGGCUGCCCGCAAGUGUCGGUUGCCCGCAAGUGUCCCAGGCUGCCCGCAAGUCUCUCAGCUGCCCGCAAAUGUUUCAGCUGCCCGCAAAUGUGACCCCCAAAUUUUGCCCGCAAAGUGGUUGCCCGCAAAAAAUUUGCCCGCAAACUGGUUGCCCGCAAAGUGGUUGCCCGCAAGUGUCGCGACGCCCUUUUUUCCGGCUGUCGCUUGCAUCCUGACUUUUUAUGCACAGUGCAAGUCGCUAGAAUCAUUUCAGCGGCUUUGCGAACGGAUUUAGAUGAUGGGCGGUUCCAAGGCAAAUCCAUGUCUUUAACUUUUUGCGAAGAAAAUAUGUAUUUAUUGUGACGUGUAUCGUCGUACUUGAAAAUUUUUAUUAAUUUUUAUUGCUGUUCUCUCACUGUAGUUAUACCCGAGAGUAAAAACACCAGAAAACCGAGCCGCUAAAAGUGCAGACGUGGGCGAUUUGUUGCCUGGCUGUCCAUAGCGUCUGGUUCGGAGCAAAAAAAAACAACAAGGCUUAUUCGGGGAUAAAACAGUGAAAAUAAACCUUGCAAGCCUUACCAAAACGAAGGAACUCGGAUAUGAACAAAAAGUGGAGAUUGCAGCGCUAAAAGCUGAAAGCGCAACGGGCGGCACGACGCUUGCGAGCAACCACUUUUCGAGCAACCAGAAUUUAUCAAGUACAACUACGGUAAAUGCCGGAUUCUACCGUAAUCUACGUACUAUUACCGAAAAUUUUCAUUGACCCCGUGGUACUUAUAAGCAUACGGAUCUAUUGAAUCCAUCCACCGCUUUCAAAGUUAUCGUAGGGGACCUGAUCCAGCGGCAAAAAACGUACCAUUUUGUAUCCGGGAAGUAUGAAAAAUGUGGCAAAAUUCUUCCCUCUCCAAGUUUGUUUUCAAAAAAUGUUUUAUGAACUUCUAAAAAUGGCUGGUUAACCUUAUGGUAACUUUUCAAGCCCCUUGUACACCUGGAAACUCAUAUAAUUAGCAACAUCUAACUGCCAAAUUUAUCGGUAGAAUUUCUGGCUGUAAGCAAAUGUUGGUUUUCCAAAAAUGCCGGCAGAAAAGUUUCCUUUCUUCUACCCGCAAAGUGGUUGCCCGCAAGUGUGGCCUCGUCAUCCAGAGUUUCCCUUGUAAAGUCAUCAUUUUUUCAGCGAGUCCCAUACAUUUCCCCACCCAUCGGAGGCCUGCGCUUCCACAGCCCAGUUCCAGCCAAGUCCUGGGAAGGGAUCCUGGAUGCCACACAGCCCGCCUUGGCGUGUCCACAAAACACAACGGACAUGGACAAGUAUACGUGGGCCGCCGUAAAAGAUCAAAGCGAGGACUGUGUGUACUUAAAUAUUUAUGCGGACAACCGUUGCAAUGUGAGUGAAAAAAUGAACCGAAUUGAAUUUUGAUGCGCCUACCGUAAUUUUGAUGAUUUCUAACCGCUUCUUUGCGCACCAUUUAGGCCGAAAACCCUUGUCCAGUCCUCUUUUAUCUUCAUGGCGGUGGAAAUACUUUCGACAGUCCGAGAAUGUUCAAUGACUCGUUGAUUGUCGAGAAUUUCGCGUCGCAUGGAGUGGUUUGGGUGUUGCCGUCGUAUCGGCUUGGCAUUCUUGGCUGGAUGGACAUUGGCGAGAGCACGGUUGAUGCGCCGUAUAAUGCGGGACUGCUGGGUAAGUAUCGGUCUGUCGGGAAAAUAAUGUGGAUUCGUUGCGAUUGGAAAUUUGGCGCUACUGCUGCGAUGCAAGAUAUUUUGCUGCGACAAAUCCACAUUAUUUUCCCGACAUACUGACAGAUAAUUUGUCGGGAAAGUAAUGAGCACUCUGUCGCAUCGAAAAUCGCAUCGACGCCGAGAAAAUGAAUUGUAUCGCGACAAAAUUAAAUUCUUUUCAAUUCAGCGACACGAUCAGCGACAUUGUGCUCAUUAUUUUCCCGACAGACCGAUAUUUGAAAUUUUCAGAUGUCAUCGCGGCCCUUCGCUGGACCCAACGAGAAAUCGUCGCGUUCGGAGGCAACAACCGCGACAUUGUGCUGCUGGGCCAUAGUUCUGGGGCCCACCUGGCCUCGUUGGUCUUGUCCAGCCCCGCAGUGGAGGAGAACGCAUUUAGUCGGGCAUUUAUCAUGAGUCCAGGUGGGCGAGUUUUGGACCACGUGAACAGGCCGAGAAGCACAUUCAUCGCCGAAAAAGUGGGCGUAAGUUGAAUUAAUGCAGCAAUGUGCAAAAAACUGAACACUUCUGGCAACAUUUUUACAGAAACCCCGUAUAUUAGAAGUUUCAUAAAGUGCACGGACAUUUUUUUGCUGUUUUCAGUGCAUUUUCGACGACAAGCUAGAGUUCCUCAACUUUACGCAACGCGUCUCUUGCUUGCGUUCCAAGCCCUUUCGUGAGCUCAUACUUGCCGCCCUACCCUUGCAAGACAAACGGCCUGAGGAUAUGUUGGGGCCACAAGUCGAUGGGUACAGCAUGACUCAACGGAAUCUCUUUGAUCUGGCCCGACAGUGGAGGGCAAGUUGUUGUUUAUUUAUCGACAAAAAGUCUUGUUUCAGCCAAUCAAACUGUUCUUGGGAGUGAUGUCCUACGAAGGUGAUUUCGACGUGGGAUACCUGGACAAGGACGUCUGUCACACCUACGUGCCCUACGUUUGUCCCGGACGUUUGGCGGAGUGUGAGUUGAAGUGUCGCAAAGUGUUCGGAGCGCCCCACAAAAUCCCGAUCGGAGGGACGUUUAUUCAGGCAUUCACCUGGCUCGUUGGGCACAUCAACACCAACAAAGGCGGAGAGUCUUACUAUCAGGUGUUCGACCAGUAUCAUGCCGACGUUCAUGCCGAGGAGCUGACGUUCGCAUUUGGGUUGCAUGCAAACAGAAAGUUUCAUGCCAGGAACAUUGGACAUCAAAUGCAGAAGCGGUUCUUCCCCAAACUGCUGCUGAGGUUUAUAUUGAACCAAACGUUGGUUGAAGGUAGGUUGACAUAUUCUAGUUUUUUGAGACUUAUUGAAACUUGAUUUGGUGACAAAAAUUGCGUUAGAAGGCAUCAAAAUUCUAGUUGUCAGUCGGCCGGGAAGAUACAGCGGCGGACCUGAUCCAGUUGGCCAAAAACGUACCAUUUUGCAUCUGGGAAGUCUCAAAAAUGCAGCAAAAUACCUCCCUCUCCAAGUGAAAAAAGAACUCCGAUUUCAAAAACGCGCCCAAUCUUUUUGUGAGAGAAAGGGCGCGCAGUUCAAAGCGGAGUUUUUUUUAGUUGGAGAGGGAGCCAUUUUGCCACAUUGUUGAGAAUUCCCGGAUGCUGUGGUGUAUGAUCAAACGUAGAUAGGUAGGUGGAAUAGACACAAGUUUAGAGUAAGGUUUAUUUAGACCACCGCACACGAAGGAAGAGAAAUGAGAUUGAUCUUCUUAUUGGUGACGAGACAUAGUUUUUAUAUGACUUGGUUUAUGCUAAUUUCUGUGGGAAUUGUGGAGGCUUUUGAGGGUCCACAACAGAUGCAAAAUGAUACGUUUUUUGCCGCUGGAUCAUUCCCUCACUGUAGGGUCGUCGCGCUUUGGAAUUUCCCAUCAUUUAUUUGUGUUGGCUAGCCGCAGCUGGAGAUUUGAUUCUCGAUUGCACUCUUUUUUCGGUCAAGGGAUGGUUUAUACGAUGAAAAAUGUUUUUGAUAGAGAAGUACAAGAAGUGCGACGCUUAGGUUCCCUUUAAUCUUUUGAAUACACUUCGGGCAAUGACCACAUAUAGCCUUUGCUUGCAAAAAAACGGUAGCAGUAAAGCCGAAAAAUUUUUAUUUUGUGGCUGUCAGUCUGCCGGGAAAAUAAUGUGGACUCGCCUUGGAAUCGCCCAUUAUCGCUGGCUAGUCGCGGCUGGAAAUUCUAUGCGCGGCUGCGACUAGGUGAGACAUUUUUUUGCGAUGAAUCCACAUUAUUUUCCCGACGACAUGAUAAGACAUUUGAAUAAACUGCAUGUCCCUUCAAAACAUUCUAGGCUGGGAGCCAAUGGAUCUGCAGGGCCGCAACUACUUCUACAACAACUUCAAAGCCAUUGGAGACCCGGACAAUUACACAGUCGUCAUAAAGCCGCACUACGUCAAAGGCGAGAUCUAUCAUCAGGCGGCGGUCGACUUCUGGUGGAGGGACUUGGCCGAGCUGCACAAACAUGACCCUCGCCAUCUGCAUUCAACACCCCCACCGCCUGCGCCAUCUCCGGUUGUUGUGGAGACCACCGGCGUUCCCUGGUACAUAUUCUUGAUCGUGAUCGUGAUUGCGUUGGUGCUGGCGUUGGCGUUGCUGGUUAUUGUUGGGGUUUCGUUCGUUUGGAAGGCGAGACGGGUGUAUAAAAGUGGUAAAGAGAUGAAGGUGACAGAGAAAGGUGAUGGAACCAAUGCCUCAGGCGCUGCGGAGCGCAAUGAUGUAUAA